CCGUCCCGCUGCACGGCCCGGCGGCAGCGGCGUCUCCGAGCAACGGCGGGCGGAAGCGGCGGAGCGGAGCGGGCGGUGUACGUCCCUGCAGGGUCACUGCCAUGGUACUGAAGGUGUUCUUUCCAUCAUGCUGCUCCUCUGCGGACAGCGGCAUUUUGAUCGGCCGCUGGAUCUCUGAGCAGAACUCUGCUGUCAUCCUUGCUGUGGUGCACUUCCCCUUCAUCCCUGUCCAGGUGAAGCAGUACCUUGGGGAAGUUCAGCGUGCGACUAAAGUCAGUGUCUCUGUGCUUGGCUCGUGGAGCAAUAGCAAACAGGAGAAAGAAGAGAGUCUCAGUGAGUUCUUGGAAGACCUUGGGACCAUAUUCUGCCAUGAGCCAUGGAUCCAGAUAAGCAAAGAGGGGGACAGCAAAUUCUGGAGCUGUUCUAUCCUUCAGAAACACUCUAAGAACCCUCAGGAGGAAGAAAUCCUCUUGGUGUACUAUGACCAGCGCAAGGUCAUGCUUUCCCAUCUGCACCCCCCUUUGGACACAGCUGGCCAGAGGGCAGAGGAUGCCUCAAAGCUCUCGGCCAUCUUUGACACAGUGGCCAGGAGCCAGGUCCUGUUCAUGACAGACAGGUACGACGAGGGGCCCAUCAAGCUGACCCACUGGCAGUCGGAUGGGGUGGAGGCCAGUAUCAUUGUGGAGCUGCUGAAGCAGGCCUCUGUGCCUGCCUGCAUGCUGCUGACAUUCCUGCUCUCACUGCUCUCUGGGAUCUGCAGGAGCAGGGUGCUGAAGUUUUGGCCUUUGUCUUUCUUGUGGAGCAAACUCUCAACCUGUGAGCAGCUGGGACAUCGCCUGCAGCACCUCCAGGUCAUCAGCAGCAACAAGAAGGCUCAAAACCAAAAUCAGCUGAUGAGGAAAGCCAACAUCUUUGUGUCUCUGCUGAUUGAUGUGGCCCUGGGGAUACUGCUGAUGUCAUGGCUGUACAGGAAGAACCGCAUUGGUCACCUUGCUGACACCCUCAUCCCUGUGGCUGACCACGUGGCUGAAGAGCUGCAGGACCUGCUCCAGUGGCUGAUGGGAGCACCAGCUGGACUGAAAAUGAACCGAGCCUUGGAUCAAGUCUUGGGCCGCUUCUUCCUUUAUCACAUCCAUCUUUGGAUCAGCUACAUCCACCUGCUGUCCCCCUUCAUUGAGAUGAUCCUGUGGUACGUGGGGCUGUCGGCCUGCCUGGGCCUGACCGUGGCUCUCUGCAUCCUCUCCGACAUCAUCGCUCUCCUGACCUUCCACAUCUACUGCUUCUAUGUCUACGGGGCCAGGCUCUAUUGCCUGAAGAUCUACGGCCUGUCCUCUCUGUGGCGCCUGUUCCGGGGCAAGAAGUGGAAUGUGCUGCGGCAGCGGGUGGAUUCCUGCUCCUAUGACCUGGACCAGUUGUUUAUUGGCACUUUGCUGUUCACAAUCCUGCUGUUCCUUCUGCCAACAACUGCGCUGUAUUAUUUGGUGUUUACCCUGCUCCGGUUGCUGGUGGUGAUUGUGCAGGGCCUCAUACACUUGCUGGUGGACCUGGUUGAUUCCCUGCCUCUUUAUUCCCUCAUCCUUCGCCUCUGCAGAUCCUACAGGCUCGCAGCUGGAGUGAAGUUCAGAGUCCUUGAGCAGCAGGAUGGAAAACCUCUGCGUCUCCUCAUGCAGAUCAACCCCCUCUCCUAUGGAGGUGUGGUCCAGACCUACAAACUACCCACCUACAGCUGCUAUCCCAGGGACUCCUGGGCAUCCCUCUGCAAGAAACUGUUCCUUGGAGAGCUCAUCUACCCUUGGAAACACAAAGGAGACAAGCAGAACUAAAGACAGUGGAAGAACUUGGGAACUUGACCUGAAAAACUUACUGACUCCUAAUGCUUUGGGACCAAAGGCUGCUCAGAGCCAGCUACUGCUCCAUCCCUUUAAAGAGAUUUUGGUAACAUAGGAAGGGCUGAUUUUUAAAGGCAAGUAUUUUUAAACAUUAUUUUUCAGCUUCCUCUUCCCCUACACUGUGUUUGUAUAUUAUGCUAAUGAUUAUUUUGGAAGCAAAAGGUUAAACCCAUCAGUGCCUCAUGAAACCAGCACUCAGUGUUGUGGAGGGAGCAGCUCCCAAAUGGUCUGGGGAUGAAUUUCUUCUUCCAUGUCAGCUCACAGGGCCACAGCAAAUCAGCCCCUCAGGUGGUUCAGAGCCACAAUGCUGUGGUGCCUUCAGCCAGAGCAUGUUUUGGACCUUUUAUACUUCAGCCCUCAAGCCAGCUGAUCAAAACCAUGUGGAGAAUCAGCUCGUGGAGUCCUACUCUGAAAACUGAACAGCUGCGUGUCUGAGUUCAUGGGAUAUUUAUUAAUUUCUUUUGAGGAGGGUUUGCACUCACCCUCACUGCAGCACCAGAGGUGUGGGAAGAGCGAGGCUGGAGGCCCAAAAGCACAGACUGUUUUAUCAUGAUUCUGUGAUUUCUCUUGGGAGACUAGUUGCUUUGGAUACAUUUCCAAAGUGCAUGAGUGCUUGGCUUUCCAUGUUCUGGUCUCAUUUUGAUGUGUCUCCUAUUCUCUCUCUUGGAAAGGGUGCCUGUGCACUGGAGGGUGUUCCACUGGGCAUGCAGUGAUUGUGUCAAAUUUAAUUACAGUCCUUACCCAAAAUACA